CCACCAGAAACAAUAGUCUUGUCUGUGUGGGCAACAGUUGCAACACAUCUUAUCUUGUCAACCAAGACUGGAAAGACCGGGAAAACCAGCAAAUGAUGCCAGAAUUACCUCAAGUAGCUUCUAUGAUUUGUUGUCAGAAAUCCUGAAACCCUCAGCAACAAUGCUCAGGGGAGACUGCAGAAAAUACAUAACUCCUGUUUUCACAAGUUAAGGGAUCAAUUUAUUGAGAGCAUGAAGAUUCUUGUGUGUCUAUUUUUAUGUUUGACAGCUGUCAAAGCAGGCUCUCACUCACUGAUGGUUUUCGCAACAUAUGUGGCAGGACAGACACAGUUCCCUGAGUUCAUCGUUGUGCUGAUGCUGGAUGAUGUGCAAGUGAUGUACUAUGACUCAAUCACAUGGAAAGCAGUCUAUCGUAGUCAAAAUGUUUCAAAGUACAAAGAUGAUGAUCAACAUGACUCUGAUGCUGACAUAUUUAGUGAUAUAUAUGACCUCAUGAAAUAUCGCACAUUUUAUCUUAAGGACCAUCUAAAUCACACAGAUGGUCUACAUGUUUAUCAGAAACGUGUCGGAUGUGAAGUGCUGAGCAAUGACCAGCCAGGCUUAUUUCUUUCAUGGGAUGCUUUCAAUGGACAAAGUACAGAACAGUUUACCUUUGAUGUGGUCAAAAGGACAAUGCAAAUUAACUUGCCAUGGAUAAGAAUAAAGGGAAUGGGACAGACAGAAUGGCUUCAUAUAAAGUUUCUGUAUGAAAAUAUUUAUCAUCCUGUAUGCAUGAAAACUUUGCGGAAGUACCUGGACAAAGAAAAGAGCGUAGUGAUGCGAAAAGUGAAACCCAGAGUCAGACUCUUUAAGAAGACACUUACAGACUCUCAUGAGGUACAAAUCACCUGCAUGGCAACUGGUUUUUACCCCCGUCACAUUAACCUGACCAUGUUCAGAGAUGGUCAAUAUGUGGAUGAUCACAAGUUCACAGGAGGAGAGAUUCUCCCUAAUGGAGAUGGAACUUACCAGAUGAGGAAGAGUCUGAUGAUCAGUGUGGAGGAACUAAAUAAAGGGCAUAACUACAACUGCACGGCAAUCCACCUGGACAACAAGCUGCACAUUACGUUUGAUUCUGAUCUGGAAAAAUUGGACAUGGGAUCAUCCUCACUGUCUAUAGUUAUCAGUGUGAUGGUGUUACUGUGUGUGGCUGUUCUCAUCAUAACUGCACUCAUCAAAUGGUGGAAGAGGACUGCUGCUGGCUCCAGUACAUCACUUCAGAGUGAAUAUUCACUAACAACAACUUCAGAGCAAGAUGCAAAGUGAAAGAUGAGCCCAUGAAUGAUCUCCUGCUAUUACUGCUCCUUCUCAUUCCAGCUUUUCUAGCAGUAUUGUAAUGCUGCAAUAACAACCAUCCAAAGAUGUGUAUAUGAUUAAAAUCCUAGAAAGAAAAUAUUAUUAUAUUAUAAAUAGGCCUUUUGAUGUUUUCAGACAUGCUAUGUGCAUGAUGUUGCCUGUAGACUAUUGCAGACAAUAAUUUUAUCAGAUUGUUCACUUAUGGAUGUCAUAAAUGUCUAAUGUAGCACUGUCACUGCUGUAUUUACACUAUUUAAACAUUUCCUCCUUUCAACAUAAUUUUUUACUGUUUUACCAUAAUAAUUUUUAUUAAU